AUUCAAUCAAUUCAUAAAAAAAAACCAAUAUGCGUUUUACUACUUUAACCCUUGGCUUUAUUGCUGCUUUCAUACUAGGAUGCUCCGCCGCUAACCUUGAUGAUGCUCCUGUCGCUAGUACUGGUAAAGACAUUGCUGAGCAAUUUGGUGACGGUACCGAGUCAUUUUUUGACGGUGCUCCUACUGAGGCUUUUGAAGGUGUUACUGAUGGAGCUAGUGGUCUUGCACAAGACAUUGGUCUUGACAGUGGUGCUUCUCAUGUUGUUGAUGGUUUCAAGAAAUUAACUGACACAGUUGCAGAUGCUUCCCACAUUGGCACCAAGGCUAUUACUCCUCAUCUUACUAGAAGAAAAUACUUGUCAAAGAGAGCUAAUUUGUACAUGAUUCAUGAGCGUCGUGCUGCUGCUGCUGCUGCUGCUGCUG